AAACACGGAACAAAACGAAAUAGUAAAGUGCGCCUAAACAAAACAAAAAAAAAAUUAAAUUAGGAAAAAAAUAAAUUAGGAAACAACAGUUCCUAUUUAGUUUCCGAUUUCGGAUCGAAGAGAAGAAAUUGAAGAAAAUCGAAGAAAUUUGAAUUGAAUUGAAUCAAAACGAUGUCGUCUUCUUCUUCUUCACCAGACAUUGUUUCAAUUUUGGAGAAUUCGAAGGAAUUGGAUCGGUUAAGGAAAGAUCAGGAAGAUGUUCUCUCUGAAAUCAACAAGCUUCACAAAAAGCUUCAAACCACUCCUGAAGUGGUUGAGAAGCCUGGAGAUAACUCACUAGCAAAGCUGAAAAUGUUGUAUACUCAAGCAAAAGAUCUUUCAGACAAUGAAGCAAAUCUUUCCACUAUGUUGAUAAGCCAACUUGAUGUCUUGCUUCCACCGGGACCGCAAGGACAACCACGAAGAAGAUUAGAAGGCACUGAGCAGAAAAGGAAACGAGUGAAAACAGAGUCAGACAUUUCAAGGUUAACUCCGAGUAUGCGAAAUCAACUUGAGGCUUGUGCCAGUCUUAAGGGUGAACAGGUAGCAGCUAGGGUCACGCCACGUAAUGCAGAUAAGGACGAAUGGUUUGUUGUUAAAGUGAUUCAUUUUGAUAAGGAAUUAAAGGAAUUUGAAGUACUUGAUGAGGAACCUGGUGAUGAUGAAGAUAGCAGUGGCCAAAGACAGUACAAGCUUCCAAUGGGAAAUAUCAUUCCUUUCCCUAAGAGUAAUGAUCCUUCAAGUGCCCAAGAUUUCCCACCUGGAAAACAUGUCUUGGCAGUUUAUCCAGGAACUACUGCACUUUAUAAAGCAACAGUUGUUCAAGGCCAUCGCAGGAGGAAGACAGAUGAUUAUGUGUUGGAAUUUGAUGAUGACGAAGAAGACGGGUCUCUACCUCAAAGGACAGUGCCCUUCCACACAGUGGUUCCUCUUCCAGAAGGACAUCGUCAAUAAAUUACACAACCAGUUUUUAGCUGUGAAUAUAGUAGAAACUAGCUUGUAUUGUUGUUUGGUUGUGUAAUAUGCUCCAUGUGUGUUUAUUAAGCUGUCAAGGACAUUGCAGUGAGGCUAACUUUAUGCACGUAUUAGUGACAUUUUAGUUUAAUUAAAUGUUGAGAAUGAUAGAUAUCUAUCGUUUGGUUCUGUAUAACAACUUUCUCCAAAUCCACGCUGUGAAAGUUAUGAUGAGAAAUCUGCCUAAACAUUUUAAAAGUUUAUCCAAUUCUCUUAUUGAUCUAA